CUCUGACCACCAUUGCUCCCAAAUAUGAUGUCUUCUAUCGUCUAUACGCUUGUUUCUCCUCCAUAUUGUCGUAUGAAUUAUGCGAUCACGAAAGGGAGGGGAUACUGGGUAGCAAUUGGUGUGGAGAGGAAAGGUUCAAGUUGAUUUUAACCAAGGCAGCACGACGGCAGCGACGACGACAUACAACAACACGACGGUAGGGGUGAUGAUGGCAGCGCCAUCGGGUGGUGGAUGCAGUGGCUGUCUUGACUGCCUGCAUGAUAUUGUGCAUGCACUAUCGAUGGGAUCAUGCCUGACAGUAGAGCAGCGGCCUGCCAUGGCUACGGGAGGUGCGCACAAAGGGAGAGAUGUAAAAGAGAGGAAGGAAAAGGUGGAGGGUAGGAUAAUAGGAAAUGGAGUGGGUAAUUUGGCUUGCAUGUUCACGCGACAGGGGAAGAAGGGUACCAACCAGGAUGCCAUGGUUGUUUGGGAGAAUUUUAAUGGAAGGUCAGACACGAUUUUUUGUGGAGUUUUUGAUGGCCACGGUCCGCAUGGCCAUAUUGUAGCAAGGAAAGUUAGAGAUACUCUCCCUUCGAAGCUGCGUGCUCUGAUAUAUGAUGACUUUGGGGAGAGCCCCAUUUGCAAUUCAGAUGGCUCAAUUCUAGAAGAAACUUUAUCUCCGUACGCUGAUGAAGAAGACAAGUCUCCAGUGUCUGUAGAAAAAGGAGAACGUCAGGAAUCCUUUUUGUCAAUGAAAGAUUCAUUCCGGAAGGCUUUUAGGGUAACAGACAAAGAACUUAAAUUGAACCGGAAUAUCGAUAGCAUUUGCAGCGGAAGUACAGCAGUUACUUUAAUCAAGCAGGGCCAGGAUCUUAUUGUUGCGAAUUUAGGUGACUCUAGGGCUGUAUUAGGAACCAGAGAUCAAAACGGCCGUUUGGUAGCUCAUCAGUUGACAGUUGAUUUGAAACCCGAUCAUCCAAGAGAGGCAAGGAGAAUCAGGCGAUGUAACGGAAGGGUUUUUGCUCAUCAGGAUGAACCAGACGUAUCUCGCUUGUGGCUUCCAAAUUGUAACUCCCCCGGUCUAGCAAUGGCACGAGCUUUUGGCGAUUUCUGUCUCAAGGAUUUUGGGUUAAUCUGUGUGCCUGAAGUCACCUAUAGACAAAUCAGUAAGAAGGAUGAAUUCAUUAUCCUUGCUACAGAUGGGGUGUGGGAUGUCUUGACCAAUCAGGAAGUCAUGGACGUAGUUGCUUCAUGCUCUGAGCGUUCGUCUGCAGCUCGUUCUAUCGUUGAUCUAGCAAAUCAGGCAUGGAGGUUUAAAUACCCAACUUCCAAAACUGAUGACUGUGCAACGAUAUGUCUUUUUCUCGACGUAGAGGACAAGGCUGCUGGCUUGUCAGUGUCGUCAUCUGUUGCUAGCAAGGGAACUGGAUCACAAGCUCAGCCAAGGAAGCCCAGGCUCCAUACUAGUGUACCACCUGAAGAUGUAGAUGAUGGGAGUGAAUCAAAUAUCAGUGGAGAUGAAAGGUCCUUGGACAGCUUCACUAGGUUGAACACACUACUGGCACUACCAAAGCUCGGAGACACAAGUCUGAAAAUAAAAUGAAGCUUAUUGCCUUCGCAUGCAGUUAGCAGCAUCAGUGGACGAAAACAUUGUUGGUUUUAUUAGAACACUUAAUUUGUGAUGUCUCGACAUAAUUGCCGGUCACUUAAAGGAGGAGUGGGCUGCUGCAUUUCUAUGCAAACUCAUAUGUGAGCAAAUGCUACUCUCCUAGUGACAUCUUUAAUCAUUAUGGUCUCAGAAAUAUUGGACGUAUGCUAUGAAAGCAUUUUUCUUUUGAAGAUAUACAAAAUCUUCAUUUGAUCAGCCGUAUGUAGAUGUGGGUUGCCACAUUUCCACAUUAUGUGGUCACCUAUAAUCAUUUAAAUCACAUGGAUCACCAUGAAUGAUGGUAAUCUUGCUAGGUUUCAUUUAUCUAUGAUGAAUGCCCAAUAAUCUCACAUCGGUCUA